AUGGUCUCUGAAAUAACUAGGAUUCCAUCUGCCAUCCUCGACAAUGGAUCAGGGCUGUGUAAAGUAGGCAUAUCAGGGGAGCAGACUCCCCGAUUCAUCCAGGCUACAGUCCUGGGCUAUCACCAAAGUAUCAUCCCUAUGGCAAAAACAGAGGAGAAGGCAUGUUAUGUUGGACAGGAAGCCCAGGACAGGAGAAGCAUCCUCACAUUGAGAUAUCCAAUGCAACAUGGGAUCGUCACCUCCUGGGAUGAUAUGGAAAAGAUCUGGAAGCAUCUCUACAAACAUGGUCUCAGAGAGUCCCCCGAGAAGAGGCCAGUGCUCUUAACCGAAGCACCUCUGAAUCCUCCAGAGAACCGAGCCAAGAUGGCAGAGAUUUUCUUUGAGACUUUCCAAGUGCCAGCCCUCUAUGUAGCCCUCCAAGGUCUCAUGGCGCUGUAUGCCACGGGAAAAAAUACAGGUGUUGUUCUGGAUUGUGGGGAUGGAGUAACUGGAGUCAUCCCUGUCUAUGAGGACCGCUGCCUGCUCCAGGGCAUAUCCAGGUCUGAUUUUGCAGGGAAGGAUGUCACAAACUACCUGGCCAGGCUGCUCUUUGAGAAGGGUAUUCACCUGGUGAACACAGGCAACAAGGACAUUAUAGCUGACAUAAAAGAGAGACUAUGCUAUGUCAUACCUGACCCCCAUGAGCGGAAGAAAGAGCCAACCAUAGAGCCCUCCAUGUACAAUUAUGUCCUUCCUGAUGGUCAAUCUGUGCAAAUUGGGCAUGAGCUGUUCCAAGUACCAGAGUCUCUCUUUCAGCCCUCCAAGGCAGGUUCCUCAGCUCCUGGGAUUCACAAAUUAGUCCUCAAAAGUGUAAUGAAAAGCAGCCACCAUUUCCAGAAGGACCUUCUGAAGAAUCUGAUCCUGACUGGAGGUUCUACCCUGUGUCCAGGGCUAAAAAAGAGGCUCUGGAGGGAGCUAGAGACCCUCUUGAAAGGAUCCCUGAGUGUCAACAUCAUAGCCCCUAGUGAUCGCCUCUUGUCCGUGUGGAUCGGCGCUUCAGUCAUCACGAGUCUGUCAACCUUUGAACAGAUGUGGGUCUCCAGAGCAGCCUACCAUGAGGCUGGUCCCUCUGCUAUUCAGAAGAAAUGCUUCUGA